AAGACAUCAAAGCUCUGAAAAUAACACAUGUAGGAACCAAAAAAGUUAUCAAAAUAUAUUUUAUAUAUGUAUAUAUAUAUAUGUGUGUGUGUGUGUGUGUGUGUGUGUGUGUGUGUAGAAGCUGCAGGAUAUGGAUGAGCGGCGUAUCAGGUGCUUGGCAGAGGGCUACAGUCAGUUUGCUGAGGUAGAGAAGAAGGUUUUACCCAUCAUCACUAAAUGUCUGGACGGGAUCAGUAUGGCAGGGGGGAACACCAACGGUAAACAGGACUCCUUGCGGUUUAUAGAACAACACAAGUCAGGUUUUGAGCGACCGGCUGAAGUGGACUUUGAAGACUACAGCCAAGGUAUCAAACCAGCCUCCUCAGACGCCAACCUCAACCAACCUAAAAUACGCACUAAACUGUGGCCCUUCAGUCACAAGAAAACCAAGGUAUGUACCCUUCACACUACACCCUACACACUAACCUACGUCAGGCACCAGCCUCAACCACCCUAAAAUACGCACUAAACUAUGGCCCUUCAGCCACAAGAAAACCAAGGUAUGUACCCUUCACACUACACCCUACACACUAACCUACGUCAGACUCCAGCCUCAACCACGCUCAAAUAAAAAUGCCUUACUGGGGGACGGUCUCUUCUCUGCCUUACUGGGGGACGGUCUCUUCUCUGCCUUACUGGGGGACGGUCUCUUCUCUGCCUUACUCACUGGGGGACGGUCUCUUCUCGGCCUCACUGGGGGACGGUCUCUUCUCGGCCUUACUGGGGGACGGUCUCUUCUCGGCCUUACUUGGGGACGGUCUCUUCUCUGCCUUACUGGGGGAGGGUCUACUGGGUACACAUUUAUUUUAAUUAUUAUUAUAAUAACGUUUCGGCCCCUCUACCAUCUGCUCAGACGACCGGCCCACGGAUUAAUCUUGCACCCUACACUACCCCACUCCAAAGCGUGCACUAAGCUCAGCUCUGUCACUUUAGAAAGAGGAGCCAGGUACAAUAGACCAGGGGUCGACCAUCUCUCUUCUCUUUCGUCUCCCUCCUGUCCUCUACCCAUCUCUUCUCUUUUGUCUCCCUCCUGUCCUCUACCCAUCUCUCUUCUCUUUCGUCUCCCUCCUGUCCUCUACCCAUCUCUCUUCUCUUUCGUCUCCCUCCUGUCCUCUACCCAUCUCUCUUCUCUUUCGUCUCCCUCCUGUCCUCUACCCAUCUCUCUUCUCUUUC